AUGACCGACCAAAGCCGUAACGCGAAAAAGCAUGACCGGGAAACGUCCCUGGCGCCGCCGCGGCCGUCCUCACCGCGGGAAUUCUUCGCGCGCAUCUACGGUCACCUCGAGGAACCAAAAAACAAAAGUACCAUUCAUGAGGAUUCUCAAAACAAAAGCCGCACGGGUGGUGACGUGAGCGCGGGCGGGCGGGAGUGCUCGAGUGAGUCGUCAUCAGACGUGGAGGUGGAGGAGCCGAGGGGCGGCGAGGGGCGCGAGGAGGCGGCCUGGGCGCUGCCGCCGCCGCUGCCGCUGUGCCCGCGGCCCAUGCUGCUGCCACACCAGCAGCUGGCCUUCGGUGCCGGACUCGCCGCCUUCCGUGAGUACAUUUGCUAUUGCUAA